ACCACUCAUCCCCGCUUCAGACAUGAGCUCCUAUUUCGUCAACUCGCUCUUUUCCAAGUAUAAAAGCGGCGACUCUUUACGCCCCAACUACUACGAGUGCGGCUUCGCGCAGGACCUCGCUGGAAGCCGGCCCACUGUGGUCUACGGCCCCGGCUCUGGGGCCACCUUCCAGCAUGCCCCGCAGAUCCAGGACUUCUACCAUCACAGCGCCUCGACGCUGCCCAGCAACCCCUACCAACAGAGCCCCUGCGCGGUCACAUGUCACGGCGAGCCCGGUAACUUCUACGGAUACGACGCGCUCCAGCGGCAGACUCUAUUCGGGGCUCAAGACGCGGACCUGGUCCAGUACAGCGACUGUAAACUCGGAGGCGCGCCGGGACUUGGAGCUGAUGACGGGGAUGGGACCGACCAAAGCCCGUCACCCACGCAGCUUUUCCCGUGGAUGAGACCUCAAGUAGCGGCGGGCCGGAGGCGGGGCCGGCAGACGUACAGCCGCUACCAGACGCUGGAGCUGGAGAAGGAGUUCCUCUUCAACCCGUACCUGACCCGCAAACGCCGCAUCGAGGUGUCCCACGCUCUCGCCCUCACCGAGCGCCAGGUCAAGAUCUGGUUCCAGAACCGGCGCAUGAAGUGGAAGAAGGAGAACAACAAGGACAAGUUCCCCAGCAGCAAGAGCGAACAGGAGGCGGUGGAGAGGGAGCGCCGCGAGAAGGAGCUGAGGGAGGGCAGCAGCGGCGGUGGAGGAGGUGGAAGCGGCGGCGGGGGAGGAGGCGGAGGAGGGAGGGGUGGAGGAGGGGCGGGAGCGGCCGGUGCACAGGCGUCAGGGAGCGACGAUUGCUGCGAUAAGAGCCACAAGCAGAUGUAA